AUUCAAAAUCUCUAUGAAUGGAUACAAAAGUCCCGGGACUUGUUUUUACAUUUUUGCCCAUCAAAUUACACUGUUAUAGUACAAAACUGCCAGAUUUAACCUAUGUAAACCAGCGUCUGCACGGCUGACAUGAUAUGAAGACAGUCAUCAGGCAAGGCCAUUUGCUGUGAUCAGAGCAAACCAUGAGGGAGAGCCCAAGGAGACCCAUCAUCUUAAAGAGGAGGAAACUGCCAUUUCAGAAGAGUGAAUCUGAUACAGGAUGUGAUGUGACAGAAGGGCCACAGCCUAAGCUCACCCCAACCCCCUCCACAGCUCGCUGCAUCCCUGAUGGCAUUCGCAUCAUGGAUCACCCCACCAUGCCGGACACACAGGUGGUGGUGAUACCAAAGGAAGCCGAUCUGCAGAGUGUCAUAAGUGCCCUGACAGCCAAAGGGAAGGAGUGUGGACCACAGGGGCGUAACAAGUUUAUCCUGCUAAGUGGUAGCACCGGUUUUGAGGAGACUAAAACUCUGGGACACGUUUCUGUGCAAGCCGUUCCUGGAAAUUGUGGCAUGACACUAACUGGACAUAAGGGAGACGUGCCAACAGAUGGGAGCAUGGAUGCUAAGACCUCCUUAAAAAAUUUGAAAAAAGAGACCGAGUGCCUUCAGCUUGAUGAUAGUCUGACCAACAUCCAGUGGCUGGGAAAUAUGAGCACAGAUGGGCUGGGAUCAGAACCGGAUAAGAAAUGCCAUAGCAAAGAAAAUCUAAGCGACUCUCAACAGCCAACAAAAGAUCAACAAGCGGUGAAGGACCCUCAGUCUGAGAGACCACCGUAUUCCUACAUGGCCAUGAUUCAGUUUGCUAUUAACAGUAAGAAUAACAGACAGAUGACUUUGAAGGAAAUUUACAACUGGAUUGAAGAUCAUUUCCCGUACUUCAGAAAUGUUGCAAAACCUGGUUGGAAGAACUCCAUACGUCACAAUCUUUCAUUGCAUGACAUGUUUAUCCGUGAGACGUCUCCUGAUGGCAAAAUCUCCUAUUGGACAAUUCGACCGGAAGCAAACCGCUGUCUCACUUUGGAUCAGGUCUUUAAGCCUUUGGUUGACCCCGUGGCCCCCAAUUGCCCUCAGACCACACAAGUUGUUUUCCAACAACAACAGAAGAGACUUUUAUCAGAGCCGAAGAAAGUGAUGGGCACAGAGAGAAAGAUAAAGCCUCUGCUGCCUCGGACCGACUCGUAUCUGGUUCCCAUCCAACUUCCUCUGACUCAAUCACUCCUCCUGCCCUCCACCAGCCCUGUGUCUCUAUCCACCCCUCUCCACCCUCAAAGCUCCUCCACUCCCAGCUCCAGUGGGGGGUGCAAGAGGGUCCGGAUUGCCCCUAAGGUCUCGCAAAACGACGUGACCUCUGUGAUGCUGUGUACUCCUGUUACUCAAACCCUGAAGCAAGAGUCCAUUUGUGUGUCUGUAAGUCCUGUGCCGUCCAGAGCUCCGACCCCAAAAACCAGGCAGCGGGAGAAAAGCAGCUCUCGUCGCAAACAGCGGCUGGUCUUGCCAGCCACCGAGGAACCUGUCCUGCUUUACCCCGAUAGCACUCUCUUCGACUCUGGCGUGGUCUCCGAUGCCUCCGCUUUCCAGGACACCCGCGAGGACCCGGAUUCUCUGCCCGAUGCUAAACUCGAACCUAGCAGCCCAUUUAGAGAGUAUACUUUUAAAACCCCCAUCAAGAGCAGCCACCCGUCCUCAUCUACUCCCAGCAAGCCACCCGCAGUUCUGGAGCCCUGGAAGAUCACCCCUGUUGGGAAAGGAGACGUGUUGGACUUCAGCCCCAUCCGUACACCCAGCGGGCCACAACUCACCCCGCAACGACACCAACACACGCCGUUCAGUUUCAACAGCACACCUUUUAAGGAGUUACCCCUUUUCAGUUCUCCUCGAGAGUUGCUCACCUGUGCCCGGCCCUCACCGAGACGCUCCACCCCUGCAUGCUCAAGGGAACUGCAAGUGGGUGCCGCCAACCGCUCGUUCACCGAGGGGCUCGUCUUGGACACCUUGAACGACAGCCUGAGUAAAAUCCUGGUGGACAUCAGCUUCUCCGGGCUGGAGGACGAUGAUCUCGGGAUGGCCAAUAUUAGCUGGUCUCAAAUAAUCCCCGAGCUUAAGUAACUGGAAUUCUGUAGCAUUCCAGAUCUUAUCCGAGCUGCUCGCGCUAUCUUCACUGCCUCGUUACUUACUCUUGAUCUGGUUGUAGAUAUUUUCUUCUAUUUUAUAAGUGUUUUCUUCAUUUCAAAAGUGUCAUUUCACUGCCUUUUAUUGUGUGUGCUGUUUCAGGUGUGUAGGCCUUUAUUUGAAAAUGUUGUUGACGAAUGUACUUCUAAAUCUAAUUUGCACAAGUAAUAUAUAUAUGAGAGAGAGAGUAUUAUAAAAUAUGUAAGUAAAGUGGACAUACAAAAUAACUAGUAUUAAUGAUUUACACUACCCUGCAAUAAUUUUAGUGUUUACUUUGUUUAGAAAUGAUUUUGAGUGCCCUAGGCUAACAGUAAAAAUGACUCUUGGUAAGAAAAUAAUCUGUAUGGAAAAUCUCACAUUUGUCCUGUUAUAAUUGGGGUUUUUUAGUAAAUCACAAAUGGUCAUGUGUUUGUUGCACUUUUUACUGUUUUAGGGUAAAUCUGAACUGUAUCAAGCCAUUUAUUACAUCACAUACUGUGCGUUGUCAUAUUUACCAGCAUGUCAGAAUAGUGACUCCUUGCUGCUGUUUUCGUGAAGUUUUGGCAUCAGGAACAAAAAGACAUUAUUGGAUAUGACCAAGGAAUGUGGUUUAUUCUAAAGCUUUUAUUGUGAAUGCAUUUCUAUGCAUCGAGAGAUUAGAAGGUAAACCUGUGUAGAGUUCAGAUUAUAUAUAUACACAAAGCAAUAAAUCAUAAACAUAACGUAGCUGACAGGUAUAAGUUGUUUGUUGGCCUUGGUAAGAUCUUUGUUCACCAACUUUCACAUUCAUAGACCUUGACAUUCAAAAAUCAUAAUGUGUGAGAUAUUCUGUCAUUUGUUUAAAAAUCGUAUUGAAAUGUGACCAUUGUUAUCUUUUUGCCAUUGGAUUGUACUGUUAGAAUGGCUCUGACCAGAAUCUCUGGAGGCUUAUGAUCAUAUCCGACAAAGCAUACAACUUGGUUUCUUUUGCUAUUUUACAUCCUACUUAUGAAUUAAAGGAUACUUCAUAAAAA